AUGGCUAACACCACCCCAGGGACCCAGUCCUGCCCGCCGCCCGAGCUCCCUCAGCUCGUCGCCGAGCAGCAUGUGCCCAUCCCACCCCACGACAAAGACACCCAACGCCUGAUCGUCAUCCUCUCCAAUGCCAGUCUGGAAACCGACGAGCACAUCGGGAUCAUGCGCAAAAUGAACCGGGAUAUCAGCGAGGCCCGCCCGGAUAUUACGCACCAGUGUCUCCUCACCCUCCUGGAUUCCCCGGUCAACAAGGCUGGGCGGCUGCAGAUUUACAUCCACACGGCCAAGGGCGUUCUGAUUGAAGUCAACCCCUCUGUCCGUAUUCCCCGCACCUUCAAGCGCUUUGCCGGUUUGAUGGUCCAACUGCUGCACCGGCUCUCGAUCCGUUCGACGAAUUCCCAAGAGAAACUGCUCAAGGUCAUCAAGAAUCCGAUCACGGACCACCUGCCGCCCAACUGCCGCAAGGUGACCAUGAGUUUCGAAGCGCCCGUGGUGCGCACCAAGGAUUACAUCGAGUCGCUGGGCCCGAAGGAGAGCAUUGCGAUUUUCGUCGGCGCCAUGGCCAAGGGCCACGAUGACUUUGCCGACUCCUUCAAGGAUGACACCAUCAGUAUCAGCAACUACAGCCUCAGCGCCAGUGUGGCCUGUAGCAAGUUCUGUCACGCCGCCGAGGAAGUGUGGGAUAUUCUGUGA